AUGAGCGGCACAACGAGUAUCAUGGAUCAGACUAGUAGCAAAGAGAAUACCACAUGUGCAUAUCAGAAUGCAAGUUUGCAGCGAGCUGCUAGAGAUACAAAGGUGGCAGUAGUGGGCGCAGGUUUUCUUGGCAAAUGUAUCGCUAUCGAUUUAUCGUUGCUGGGUGUUCAAGUGGUUGUGUGCGAUAUAAACCCACAAACUGCCAAUGCGUUAUCGUCUUUUGUGUACGAAAUGUUGCAUCCACUUCUGCAUCUCGGCUACGUGACCAAGAGCAUGGUAACUCAGGCAUGCAGUCACAUUACAGUAGUUACAGACGUAGCGCAUUGUUCCAACGCAGACAUCGUUAUCGAAGCGAUUCCUGAAAAUAUGGAAGCCAAAGUCAAACUUUUCAAGACUCUUGAAUCGCAUUGUUCUGCUUCGACAAUUUUGGCUACAAGCACAAUCGAUUUGUCGAUUGAUAUGAUUCAGAGGCAUUUGCAGCAUCCAGACCGAUUUUUAGGCCUUCGAUUUUUCUAUCCCUGUGUUCUUGUAUCACCAGUGGAGCUCACAAUUGGAACAUCCACGUCACAAAAAACGGUUGAUCGCGUCGUUGCUCUAAUGCAGCGUUUGGAAAAGCAACCACAUCGCGGCCCAACCAAACGCGUACUUAGUACAAAAGAAGCAAGUGCUUUUCAAUUCGAUACAGCAGUGCGCGGCAAGUUCUACCACGGUCUACUUCCACCUAAGCGAAAUACUUCAAUUGCUGAUAUAAUCACUCCUCAUCCUGGACCCCCUCUAAUUCAGCCGACAAUUGAUGCUACUACAAAAACACAACACCAUUCAUAA